UUCCNCCACAGCUUGACGCUCUUCUCUAACUCCAUAUCCAGCAUCCAAGAUGGCGCCUUCGAUGGCUUAGUAUCGUUACGUGUACUUAAAAUGGGCAAUAAUAAGUUAAUCUGUGACUGCAAUAUGCGGUGGUUUCAGCAAUAUUUUCAAAGACUAGACAAUAAGGACUCAGAAGAGUUUUGCUUUGGUACUGCUUCAACACACAAAAUUAAAAUUUCUGAUUUCAAACCUGACUGGUGGCAGUGUGAUAAUAACACGACGAAAGUGGCGGUGAGUGCCGGUGGGGUGGUAUUAUUCAUAUGUUUUAUAGCUGGUAUUAUUUACUAUGCAAGAUGGGACAUUAGAUUCGCUUUCGUCAUCAGGUUCGGGUGGCGAUGCUGUGCGAAGAAACCACAAGAUGCUGACGUCAACCUUGUGAAAAUAUUCGACGCCUUUGUAUCUUAUAGUUUACUGGAUACGGCCUGGGUUGCUGCCGAGCUAAUCCCAAAUCUGGAAAAUGACGAGCAAUUCAAUUUUCGUCUUUGUGUCCAUGAGCGCAAUUUCCUUCCCGGCAACUCUAUUGUAGAAAGUGUUGAAGGAGCCAUGGACGGCAGUUACUGUGUCAUUUUCUGGAUUACUCAAAACUUUCUGGAAAGCGAGGUUUGUGAUUUUGAACUGAAUUUGGCCAAGACUAAACUCUUUGGAGGGAGCAUUCGCUCGGUUAUUUUCAUAUUUGAAGAACGUUUUGAUAAAAUCCAACUACCGCAGCCAAUGGGGAUUAUGAUACGACAUUGCCAAUGUCUUUACUGGCCAGACCUGCGGCUGCGCAAAAGGGACAUUUUCUGGAAAAGACUGAAGCUUGCCUUGUUGGAAAACAGACCAAAAGAAAACUGAUUGGUUAUUUUCGAUGUCAGAACAUGGUGCCUUUGCUUUAUUUAUCUUGUUUCUUUUUAUUAUAAAACUGUUUUUAUACCAAACUGUUGAUAACUGCUAGUUUGAAAAAGGUGGUCAGCUUUGUAAUAUAGAAAAGACAUUUGAUUUACUUACGUU